GGGAGAAGAAGAAGAAGACGACGAAGAAGAAAGAUGUCCACCAGCUAACGUUAGCUAGCAUCUGGGGCUCGAAAAAUGAUGCGCCGUUCAUCUUUUUCUCGUGUUUUUCUCUUCGAGCGAGGCACAGCCAUAACUACAACGUCAGUCCGUCGACUGUACAAGAACACAACCACCAGAGUGUGUUAUUAGAGUGGUUUAUGAAGUAGUUUUUGGGAGGCUGUGUGUGUGUAUAUAUAUAUAUAUAUAUAUAUGAGGCGAUCAUGGACGGGACGGAGGUGGCGGUGUCUCCUCGCUCCCUGCACAGCGAGCUGAUGUGUCCCAUCUGCCUGGACAUGCUGAAAAACACCAUGACAACCAAAGAGUGUCUGCACCGCUUCUGCUCCGACUGCAUCGUCACCGCGCUGCGAUCCGGGAACAAGGAGUGUCCGACCUGCAGGAAGAAGCUGGUCUCCAGGCGCUCGCUGCGCCGGGACUCCAACUUCGACGCCCUGAUCUCGAAGAUCUACCCGAGCCGUGACGAGUACGAGGCCCACCAGCACCGCGUCCUCGAGAGACUCAACCGGCUGCACAACAAUGAUGUGCUGAGGUCCAGCAUCGAGGAGGGGCUCCGGCAGCAGGCCCGCUACAGGAACCACCGGGUGAAGAAGCCCAUUCAGGAGAGUGACAACACCACCUUCAGUGGUGGGGAAGACAACGGCGAUGCCCGCUCCCACCUGUCCCACGACUCGGCCCCCUCGCACACCCCCCUACCCCCCGGGCAGACCCCGUCCGAGGCCGGGCCGAGCCGCAAGCGGCCCCGUGCCUCCGAGGACGGCUCGGGGCCCGAGGCGGACAGCGGCAGCCCCACGCCUCCGCUGAGGCGCCACAAAGAGGGGCCGGCCUCCGAGAUCGAGCUGGUGUUCAGACCCCACCCAGAGCUGGUCCAGGCCGAGGACUACAACCAGACCAGAUACGUGAAGACGACGGCCAACGCCACGGUGGACCAUCUGUCCAAAUACCUCGCUCUGCGCAUCGCGCUGGAGGACAGACGGACCAACGGGGAGACGGAGGACAGGCGGAGGGAGGAGGGGGGGGGCGGGGGAGAGGACACGGGAGGACCGGCAGGAGGGGGAGAGGGGUCCAGUCUGAGCAGCAUCAGCGAGAAACAGUACACCAUCUACAUCAUGACGAGAGGAGGGCAGAUCUCGACUCUGAACGGCUCGACUCUGGAGUUGGUCAAUGAGAAGUACUGGGAGGUGAGGAAGCCUCGGAGCUCUACUACGCUCCACAAGGACCAGCCGCACCCCCCCGCCCCCCCACCGCCGCCACAGCAAACCGCAGCAGAAGUCUCCCCCCCCAACAAGAAGGAGGGAUGAAAGUCUCCCCCCCCCCCCCCACAGAGGAGGGAUGAGAAACAACAGUCUCUCUGAAGGUGGAAGUUCACUUCCCAAAAUAGAGUCAACAGAAUUUCUCUUUUUUUUUUUUUUUUCAUUAAUGGCUCCGUGUACCAGACGUGUUUUUCCAAUUGUUCCAUUGACAUUUAAAAAUUUGCUAAUAUAUAAAGAGUUUUACAUCUGGAACCAAGCCAAACAGCUGCAAUGGGAAUUUGGACAGUGAAACAUUUGAUUCAGCGCAAAAUAAAAAAAAAUAUUUAUACAAAACAUUACGAAAAAAAAAAG